CUAGUUCAAGUAUUUGCUGCCAUCAUCGUUGCGGCGAACUACUUCAUAUGGGGUCAGGAGACUCAUCCCAUCGCUGCUGUAGCUUGGUCCAAGGCUUGCCCAAUUUCCAUCCCCUCAGCGGACGAUGUUCACGCUACGUUCAGAUUCAAGUACGUGGGCGUGACAGGCUUGGAUAUCCUCAUGUGUAAACUCGUCACAUUCUUCGACUCUGUAAUAUCCGGUGGUCCCGAGCAGGAUAUUUCUUCACAAGUAUUCGCCUUUGAGAUACUUUACUCCCUCGCUGUUCCAGCCUUCUUCCUACUCAUCGACUGCGCAUCGCUCUUUCCAUACUCGGGAUUACUGUCUAUUGGUAUCCCCCUCAUCACUGGGAUCGCUUACCAGCUCAAGACGGGAGGACUUAUCUUACCCAUCUACUAUCUGUUUUCUUUAAUGGCAAAAACGACCGCCCGAGUGAACGGCAAACCAACCGUCCGACCCCACAUCCGCCACGUCCAGGGGGCAUUCCUAGCAAUCAUAAUCGGUCUUGUUGUCCCGACGAUGAUUGUGCUGUUUAACCCAACCCCAUAUAUUAUCGCAUUAUGGCAAUUGUUCCCCGUUUACAUUGCCAUUCUGCAGUCUCUAUUCCGAUUCGUUUACCCUCCUACCCCAUCCUCCAGGGGGCCGACGCAAAGGAUAGCCGGGAAGCUUCCAGGAGCUCAGACAUAUCUUUUCAUUCAAUUCUCAUAUGUCAUUUUGUCCUCUGUGGGCACACUUGGCCAUCUUCCUUUCCUUUUGUCACUCAUCUCAGAUAAUCCUUUCAACUUGACGAGCUCCUUCUCGCCUGCGGUUUCCCCCGGAGUUGACCUGACUUUAAACAGAGUUUUAACCACGCUGACUGCAACCUUCAAGCCCCACCUGGGACCAUUUGAGUACUCAACGGGGCAGGAAACGCUUCGUUCAGCAAUCCAGGAUGGGUCGAAGCGCUUUUUGCAAUGGGAUGAGAUUUUCAUCUCCCUAUCAACCUGGCUGGUAGCGUGUUGGAGUUGGGCGUUUGACGAUAUAAAGCACUUCGUGGUCGCGGUUUUUGGGUCGAUUGUGUCGGCCUUCCUGUUCGGGCCUGCGAUUGGGUUGGCAGGCCCGCUGAUGUAUAAGGAGUGGAUAGACGAACAGAUAAGAGUCAAGGCAGCUGCAAAGCCUGCAGAGAAGAAAGAAUGACUGUUCCGUGUAGCUCACCGUCUUUCUUAAUUUUCGUCCUUCAGUCAUCGAACGGAGGUUCUCAAAUGUUUUAAUGAAGUGGUGGAAUUAGGACUGCCAGCCCAAGACAGCGAGGAAAACAAAAACAUCGAAGUCCGAGUCCCGAUAAACAAUAACGAAACUAAACGAGGGAACCAUUUUGGGAAGUUUCGUCAACACAUGGGACGGCGUUGACAGAAAUGCAUAGCCCUCCAACGUUGAAUUCCUUACACACCCUGUUCUGAGAUUACCAACCGACUACUCACAUUGGCCUUGUCGAGUCCACCGACACAUUUGGGGUUGGUGGGAAUCUUAUUUGAUUCGAUACCUCGGCCAGGAGUAGUUAACGUGAUUAGAAUCCCGGACUGGAGCUCCUUGAAUCAUUAUGACAAGCCACGAGAAGUGGAUCGAUUGCCUGUGGUAUAUGACUCUUAUCAGCAGCGGCCAUGAUUGUGUUCAAU